AUGGCACCGCCGCACCCUCUAGAUCCCCUCUCUUCCGCAGAGAUUGAAAAGGCCAUCGCCGCCGUCACAAAGGCUCACGGCGACGUCUUCUUCAACGUCGUCUCUCUCCACGAACCCCGCAAGGCCGAAUUGACAAGAUGGCUCGCCUCGCCCACGACAACACCCCUCCCCGCCCGUAUCGCCGACGUCGUCGUCAUCGCAAAGGGUGGCAAGGUCUACGACGGCCUCGUUGACCUCGCCUCGGGCGCCAUCACCAAGUGGGAGCUCAUGCAAGGCGUGCAGCCCAUCAUCACAAUGGAAGAACUCCAAAUCGUCGAACACAUCUGCCGCACCGACCCCAAAGUCAUCGAGCAGUGCGAAAUCUCCGGCAUCCCCAAAUCCGACAUGCACAAGGUCUACUGCGACCCCUGGACAAUCGGCUACGACGAGCGCCACGGCAACACCAUCCGCCUCCAGCAGGCCCUCAUGUACUACCGCCCAGACCCGGACACCUGCCAGUACCAGUACCCCCUCGACUUCUGCCCCAUCUACGACGCCGACAAGCAGGCCAUCAUCGCCAUCGACAUCCCCACCGUCCGCCGGCCCCUCAGCAAGGCCGCCCCCGUCGACUACACACCCGCCGCCGUGAAGAAGCAGUCCGGCGGCUACCGCACCGACCUCAAGCCCAUCAACAUCACCCAGCCCCAGGGCGUCUCCUUCCAGAUGCAGGGCCGCCAGAUCGCCUGGCAGAACUGGAACUUCCACAUCGGCUUCAACUACCGCGAGGGCAUCGUCCUCAGCAACAUCACCUACAAUGACAAGGGCAACGUCCGCCCCAUCUUUUACCGCCUGUCCCUCGCGGAAAUGGUCGUCCCCUACGGAAACCCGGAGCACCCUCACCAGCGUAAGCACGCUUUCGACCUGGGCGAGUACGGCGCCGGAUACAUGACAAACAGCCUCUCGCUCGGCUGCGACUGCAAGGGCGAGAUCCACUAUCUCGACGCCGAGUUCCCCACCCGCAACGGCGGCGUGCGCACCAUCAAGAACGCCAUCUGCAUCCACGAGGAGGACAGUGGCAUUCUCUUCAAGCACACUGACUUCCGCGACGACUCUGUCAUUGUCACCCGCGGCCGCAAGCUCAUCAUCCAGCAAAUCUUUACCGCCGCAAACUACGAAUACGCAAUCCAAUGGAUCUUCCACCAAGACGGCACAAUCCAGCCCGAAAUCAAACUCACCGGCAUCCUAAACACCUACUCCCUCAACCCAGGCGAAGACACAAAAGGCUGGGGCACCCAAGUCUACCCGGGCGUCAACGCCCACAACCACCAGCACCUCUUCUGCCUGCGCGUCGACGCCAACAUCGACGGCCCCCGCAACACAGUCUUCGUCGCCGACGCCGUCGCCUCCGACGCGCCCGUCGGGUCCCCCGAGAACUUUUACGGAAACGCGUUUUACGCCAAGAAGACCAAGCUCGACACCACGGGCAAGUCAAAGACCGACUACGACGGGUCGACGAGCCGCACGUGGGAGAUUGCGAAUACGGAUAAGCUGCAUCCGUACAGCGGGAAGCCGGCGAGUUAUAAGCUUGUUAGUAGGGAGGUUCCUGGGUUGUUGCCCAAGGAGGGGUCGUUGGUGUGGAAGCGCGCUGGUUUUGCACGACAUGCUGUGCACGUCACAAAGUACCGCGACGACGAACUCUGGCCCGCGGGCCGCCACGUCCCCCAAACCUCGGGCGAGCCCUCCUCCGGCAUCCCUGAAUGGAUCGGCGACGGCACAGAGUCCAUCGAGCAAGAGGACAUUGUCCUCUGGCACACCUUCGGCGUCACCCACAUCCCCGCGCCCGAGGACUUCCCCAUCAUGCCCGUGGAACCCAUCACCCUCCUCCUGCGGCCGCGCAACUUCUUCGCGAACAACCCCGUCAUGGACGUCCCGCCUAGCUACUGCAGCACGCCGAGCCAGGUCGCGGCCGGCAAGGGCGCGCUGGAGGCGGCGGAUGGGGUGAGCAAGCUUGCUUUUACGGGCGGUGCGGCUGCUGGGGAGUCGUGCUGUGCGCCGGGGAAGAGCAAGUUGUGA